AUGGAGGAGGAAAGGGAGGGAGAGGCACCUGGGCUGCCUGCAAAGCGCUGUGAAGUCCGGGGCGCAUGUCUGGAGGUGACGCCAGGCCCCGGGACCUACAGCCCAGAGAAGGCACCCCCCAUGCGCCAUCGGACACCCCCGGCUUUCACCCUGGGCUGCCGCCUCCACCCGAAGCCCCUGGACACCUCGGCCCCUGCCCCUAACGCCUACACCAUGCCCCGUCUAUGGGGCUCACAGAUCUUCAUCAAGCCCAGCAGCCCCAGCUACACGGCGGCGGGCCGCACACCCCCUGCCCGCCCCCCCCAGGAUCCCGCCGAGAUACCCGGCCCGGGCCAGUACGACAGCCCCGACCCAAACGCAUACCGCCCACGCCUGCCUGCCUUCACGAUGCUGGGGCGGCCCCGGGCCCCGCGGCCCCCGGAGGACACACCCGGCCCCGGCACCCACUGCCCCGAGCAGGUCACGGUGAACAGGGCCAGGGCACCUGCGUACUCCAUGGGCACCCGCCACUCGCCCCGGGCGCGCGCCAUGGCCGCUGCCACGCCCGCACGGCCGCCAGGGCUCAGGUUGCCUGGCCGCUGCUGCUAG